UCAGUUUCAAGUUCUCUCUCUUGUCUUUGCCUCUCUCUCUUUCUCUCUCUCUCUCUAGAAACCUAUAUCUAUAUCUAUAUAUAUAUGAAUCGAUCUUCCCAUUUUCUGUGAUUUCCAAUGGCGGGUCUAUACUCAUCUCUCAGACCCACUUCUUCUGCUUCAUCAUCUUCAUCACAGAGCUUCACUUCGAGGCUCGUUUUCGUCCUCACAGUGAUUCCCCUUUCUCUCGCUGCCUUCGCAUUCGUUCUCCAAUGGCGUGGCGGUUUGGAAGACCCGACGACCCGCUGGUCCCCCGAACGGAGAGAGUUUCCGGGUAUGAGUGGGUCCGGACCCGACCACGGGUUGUCUGCGUCGUCCUCGUCCUCGGAUUGUGUGGAUCUUCUGGGUCGAAGUCGUUUACCUUCGUUCCCAUACUAUAGGGAUUGGAAAUUCAAUCAUGGGUCUGAUCUGGGUCCGAAGUUAUGUAUUACUACAAGCACUUCUGCUGGCUUAGAGCAGACUCUACCAUGGAUCUUCUAUCAUAAGGUUAUUGGGGUUUCAACCUUUCUCCUGUUUGUUGAAGGAAAAGCUGCAACCCCUGACGUAUCAAAAGUCCUAGAAUCCAUUUCAGGAGUAAAAGUCAUAUACAGAACAAAGGAAUUAGAGGAGCAACAAGCUAGAAGCCGGAUCUGGAAUGAGACUUGGUUGGCGAGCUUUUUCUACAAACCUUGCAACUAUGAGUUAUUUGUCAAGCAAUCCCUCAAUAUGGAAAUGGCUAUCAUCAUGGCAAGGGAAGCUGGCGUGGAUUGGAUUAUCCAUCUUGACACUGACGAGUUACUUCAUCCAGCGGGUGCCCGUGAGUACUCUGUGAGACAGCUGCUGGCAGAGGUGCCUGGGAAUGUUGAUAUGGUUAUCUUCCCAAAUUAUGAGAGUAGUGUUGAGCGAGAUGAUAUAAAGGAACCUUUUAGUGAGGUGUCAAUGUUCAAGAAGAAUUAUGACCAUCUUCCUAAAGACACAUACUUUGGCAAUUAUAAAGAAGCAACCCGUAGUAAUCCCAAUUACUUUUUGACUUAUGGAAAUGGGAAAUCAGCUGCCCGCAUUGAAGAUCAUCUUCGUCCUAAUGGAGCACAUAGAUGGCACAAUUAUAUGAAGACACCAAAUGAGAUCAAAUUGGAUGAGGCUGCCGUUUUGCAUUAUACAUAUCCCAAAUUUUCUGAUUUGACUUCAAGACGUGAUCGUUGUGGCUGUAAGCCAACGAAGGAGGAUGUCAAAAGAUGUUUCAUGUUAGAAUUUGACAGAGCUGCAUUUAUAAUUGCUUCAACUGCAACAGAAGAGGAGAUGCUUCACUGGUACCGUGAACAUAUUGUGUGGACUGACAAAGUGCUAAAUAUGAAACUUAUAAAGAAGGGCAUCUUGACCCGCAUUUAUGCUCCCAUGGUCAUUGUUCAAGGGUUGAGAGAAUCCGGCGUUCUCAGCUCCGUAAUCACAGCAGCGCAGGAAACUCUCUCGAAGGAUAAGUUUUUAUCAUCCGUUGAGAGUAGCAACACCUCUAGAGCUGCCAUUGACUCUCGGGGAAUUUCUUCAAGAAAGAUCGGCAUCGACAGAGAAUCUCAAGCAACUGCAAGGAGGGUUUUGGAAAUUGCAGAAACCAAUGUUUCUCAUGCAAUGCCACCCCUAUCUCCUCCGCAGAUGGAUGAUAUCCAUACCCAUCUUGAUAUAUAGAACCCCCUUUUAUUUGCAGCACCUCUUCUCAUUUUGGUCUUCUUCAUCAUUAUCUUCCCACUAGACAAUGAGAUUGCUCUCUGAAGCUUAAAAUUGGAAGCGUUUUGGAUAGAGGGAAGAGAGAAGAGCCAAAAUAGUAGAGGAAGGGGCUGUUGUGAUGGGGUGUUCUUUGGUGUUGGGUUUCAAGGGGACGUUCCCGAUCAUUAACCAAGCGUUGCUGUACAUUUUCAGGCGUAGAUUAGAUAGUAGAAUUUAAACAGAUGUAGAGCAGGAUUUUCCGAUUCGGUUCCAUCUUUUUUCAUUUCCUAUUAUUAUUUUUUGUCUGGAUGAUUCGCUGAGGUUGCUACAACAAAGUCUUGCCCUUUUUAUUUUGAUGUGUAUACCGCAUACAAACGAGUGGGCAAGAUGAUGAUAUACCGUUAAUUCUGUCCAUUGAGACAGUUUAUUCUUCGAAAAAUGGCAUACAUAACUAUUUAAAGCA